UUCUCUUCUUUCCGAUCCCCAUUGCGGGGGAAAAUAAGAUUCACUACGGUGCAUGCAAGUCGUACGCAGUACAUGGGAGUACAUGAUUGAAUACGCUUCGAACGCAGUACCGGUACCUCAAAACUUUCCUGAUCUCUCGCUUUCGCUUUUCCCGGAUCUGAUUUGAACGCAAUCGGAAACUCAUUACUGCAUUAUAUCAUAAUUUCAUUACCUGGUGAUUUAUGUUGACAAGGAGAAUUAACGCCGCUAACCAUCAGACAACUGUUGGAAGUACAUAAGUGUUAAGCCAGGGGAGUUGCAUACAUUCACCAUGUGUAAACCAUGCUGCCGCUGCUGUAGCUUCGACUCGCUCGGAUGCAGACUCCGGUCGCUCAAGGUCUUCGGAGCCCUCCUCUUCCUCUUCGGGACCGUGUUCGCCCUCGCCGGCAUCGCUAUCGGAUUCCUUUCCGACCUCUACUUCGAUGUCAUAUCCCUCCCCGAUGUCUUCCCCGAGUACAUCCUGUAUGCCUACCUAGUGGUCACCACCGGGAUCGUGGCACUGGGAACAGGAUUAGCUGCUAUAUACAUCGCUAAAACGAUGAGUGAUGACGACUGCAGUACACGCGGUCUCGCCAUCUUGGCUCUCCUCACCAUCGUCUGCUCAAUGGCUACAGUAGGAGUCCCAGCGUGGCCGCUCUACGAAGGCGGUUAUUUCCUUGAGAUCCCGGCAGCGCAGACAUCCAUGAAUAUGACCACUUCUAUCGCCGUGACUGCAACUCCAUUGCCAGUGACAGAUGCCCAGAGCGCUGGUGGUUCCAAUAUGACGUCAUCAAACAUGACGUCAUCAGCAAAUGAAACCACAUCAACAAACGCAACCGCCAGCAGUAACUCUACAUCCAAUGGGACAAUGGACGCUGGUGGUUCCAAUAUGACGUCAUCAAACAUGACGGCAUCAGCUAAUGAAACCACAUCAACAAACGCAACCGCCAGCAGUAACUCUACAUCCAAUGGGACAAUGGACGCUGGUGGUUCCAAUAUGACGUCAUCAAACAUGACGUCAUCAGCUAAUGAAACCACAUCAACAAACGCAACUGCCAGCAGUAACUCUACAUCCAAUGAGACAAUGGACGCAGGUGGUGCCAAUAUGACGUCAUCAAACAUGACUUCAGACAAUAGCACGGAUGGCGUAUCUACUACCCCCGAUGGCAACAGUACAGUUAACACGAGCGACUCGACAUCAAUUAUGACUACAGGGUACUAUACAACUGGGAAUUCAACUGGGAAUGCGACUGUCUAUGCUCCCACGCGGGAACCGAUAGAUUACGAUGAAUGGUUAUUAAUUAUGGCUCCUUUCGGGAUAAUUAGUAUCUUCGCCUUCAUUUUCAUCUUUUUCUGCCUCUUCAUAUUCUGUAUAGCGUGCUGUUGUCCGGAGAGAUCAGAGAUCGUAGAUGACAUCGAUUUGUACAAGAGUAGUUAAGCCUGCCGGCGUCGACUUCGAGAAAAAUGAGUGCGACAUCGGGAGUCUAUAUAGAUGAAACGGCUGGUAGCAAACGUUGGUUUGUCGUGUCUGUGUAUACGAUCGCAAACAGCAAGUGAAAAUGCCAUCAUAUCGUUUGUUUGUAGUUGUUGUUGCCCUAUAUUAUCCAGUUUUGUUGGUGUGUGUUUUUGGGAACUUUAAUUACCUUUUUAAUUCCAAUAAAUCCAAAGCGUGAUUUGCAUACAAUAUGACCGCAAAGACAUUCGAAAAAAUUGAAUCUAAGUCAUUUUCAAUAAUGCCAUUAGCAUUAUCAUGUCCAUCAUAUUUUGUCAUGUGCGAACACUAAUGGCACUGUCACAAUGAAUAUUACGGACAAAGAAAGAGGACAAAAUAUACAGUUCCUCAUUCUACCCCCAACAAUUACUGUGGUAGACAAAGGAACAUCCCUUCACUGC